CCAAAGCAUUUGAACGCAGUGGGCAGAGAAUGAUGUUGGAGGAGGAGGAAGAAGAAGUGUAUCCAGCAACAUGCUCACAGGGCCACAGAUCCACCCUCAUCCUCCAAACCAUGGAAGGAGGCAGAAUCUGCCUCAUCUGCUUUACCAACCUCCUCUCCAACCCUACUUCCCCCACCUUCCACGUCUCUCACGCCCUCUCUCAGCUUUCCCACGCCCUCUCUCACCCCCCUUUUCUCCAUUCCCUUCUCUCCCACCACCCUCACCUUCUCGUCUCCCCUCUUCUUCACUCCCUCUCCUUCUUCAACGACCAUUCCAUCGCCUCCCAGAUCAUUCAUCUCGUUCUCUUUCUCUCUAAUUCUUCUCAUUCUUCUUCCCUUUAUGGGGAGUUUGUCUCUCGGAUUGCCUCCAUCCUCUCAGGUUCUAAGCUCCACUGGAGUCCGCGCCAGGCCUCUAUGCUUCAUUGCUUAGGGGUUCUCUUGAACUGUGAGACGAAUAAUCCUUAUGCCCACAUCAAAGACAAAAGUGCCCUUGUCUUCAACCUUGUUGCAGGUCUUCAGUUGCCUAGUGAAGAGAUCCAGGGGGAGAUCCUGUUUGUUCUCUACAAACUAUCUAUCCUCCAAUAUGCAUCUGAGGAGGGUGAUGGGUCUGACCUUUUAUUUUCCUUUUGCCCCAAGCUCUUGCACUUGUCAAUGGAAGCUCUUAUGAAGACCCAAAGUGAUGAUGUUCGUUUGAAUUGUGUAGCACUCUUGACAGUGUUGGCUCAAAGGGGUUACUUUGAGAAUGCAUUUGCUAAUGACAUAAGCAUUAGGGAUUGCUGUGAAGCUGAUAACUUCAUGGAAGUGACAGAACAUGAAAAAGAUGUGCUUCCUCUGAAUAUCUUGUUUGCUGAAGCUAUCAAAGGCCCACUACUUUCUUCGGAUAGUCAACUUCAACUUGGCGCACUGGAUUUGAUCUUUUAUUAUUUAUCAUGGGAAAGGGGUUCAAGCAAACGGAUUCAAGUCUUGGUGGAAGAAAACAUUGCAGAUUAUGUAUUUGAAAUACUAAGAUUGUCAGAGUGCAAGGACCCAGUGGUUAACUCCUGCCUUCGAGUUCUUGAUCUUUUAUCAAUAGCUGAGCAUGCUUUUGGACAAAGACUUGCUAUUGGAUUCACUACACUGCUUCCUGUUCUGCAGUAUGUAGUUGAAGUUCCUUUUCAUCCUGUUCAAACUCCAACACUGAAGCUCAUUAGGAAUUGCAUUUUGAACUACCCUGGAAUGGUAUCCAUUACACAAAUUGAAGAAAUAGGUCUUAUCUUGACAAGGAUGCUUAGAAGACAUAUUAAUGGGGACGUGGACAUGCUUCCAGAGACGUUGAUUAUUGCAUGCUCAAUCCUUGUAGAUCUCAUGAAGUCUCCUUCUUCUCAUGAGGCUUUAACUCUCAGAACAAUAGUUCAAGAAUCAGUUAGACAUGCCAUUUUAGCUUCUCUAUGCCUCUAUGAGAAACAUCCCAAUCAAAUUUUGCACUCCCUUUACUUACUGAAAGAGGCAUAUGCAUUCAGUCAUGAAGGGAACUCCACUAAAAACGAAGCUAACCUGGAAUUAGGAAAUUGUAUUAUUGAUGUUUGUAGAACACAUUUACUACCUUGGUUUGCAACAGCCAUCAAUGAAAUGGAAUAUGAGGAAAUUGUCUUGGGAGUACUGGAAGCCUUUCAUUCAGUACUGCUUCAGGAUUCUUAUGCACAAGCAAAGGAAUUUGUGAUGAUUCUGGUUUCAUCCUCUUGGUUCAGUUUGUCAUUUGGAUGUUUAGGAUUAUUUCCUAGUGAAAAGAUGAAAUGGAGAGUAUAUCUGAUGUUCAGUUCAAUUGUGGAUGUUCUUCUGGGAAAUGAAUCUGGACAACCCAUUAGAGAUGCGGCUUUAUAUCUACCAUCUGAUCCUUCUGAUUUGUUGUUUUUGCUGGGUCAGAAGAGCACCCAAAAUCUAGAACUAUUGUCUUGUCAAUCUGCAGUUCUGCUGAUACUAUAUACCAGCUCUUUAUAUGAUGAAAGACUUGCAGAUGAGAAGCUGGUUUUAGCUUCUCUGGAGCAAUACAUUUUAGUCAACAACAGUGAUUUGCUAUGUGGAGCUGCUGAUUCAGUGUCAAUAACACGACUGAUGAAUCUUUACGGCUUGUACCGGGGUCUUGCAAAGGUCGGCUAUCAAAUUCCCUACAGUCCAGAGGCUGAGAGGAUCCUCUUCGAGCUAGUGGCUCAAAAUGAAUGGGAUUUGUCUUCUGCAACUAUAAACUUCACAUCAUUGAAAUGGUUGUUUCAGCAAGAGAAAAUCAUUAAGCCAUUGUCUUAUCAAAUACUAAAAUUCUGCAGAAAUAAUAGCUCAAGUGGGUCACACAUCAUCAUCCAUGGAAACGACAGCCAAAACAUAGAUGUACAAGGACUUGCAAAGUUGGUAGCAGCAGGAGAUAACUUGGGUGCAGUGCUCUUGGUAUCUUUAUUGCAACAGCUUAUAGAGGAAGAAGGCAAUGAAUGCGACAUCAUUUCAGUAGUGAAUCUCAUGGUAGACAUCAUCAACAUUUUCCCAGCUGCUUCAGACCAAUUAUCCAUGCAUGGCAUAGGCAAUGGGAUCCAGGAUCUUUUUUCCCAUUCGAGCCAUUCUUUGUCCCAACAGAUGUUUGUUGCCAUUGCAAUUCUAAUUUUUGACAUUUUAUGGUCAGUGCAACCUGAAACACUUUCUGAUGGUGAAACUUGGCUUUCAGUGACCAUGAAGUUAAUGGGGUACUUGAUCCCCAUGGUGACUGCAGGGGGUUGGACUCAAGAAAGUCUCUUAGUACUCGGUAUUCUUUCCUUGAUCUUGCAUCAUUCCACCAACCAAGCCCUUGUAGAAGCUUCAAAAGCCAUACUUCUGAAUGAUUCCCUUGUCUCCAUGAUCAACAAUGUGAUCCAUACAAGCUGUUCAAAGGGACCUGCUCUAAUUGAAGAUGAUGAGGAAACAAGAAAUGGAGAAACUUUAACAUUUGUGCUUUUACUACACUUUUUCUCUUGUAGAAGUUUUAAUGCUGUUCUACCAGGUACUCUGGACUGGCAAAAUCUCCUCGAUCCAUCAAACAAGACUCAGCCACUUUCCUUGAUUAGUAUUCACUGCCAUGACCUGUGCAGACUGAUGCAUUUUGGGUCUCCUCUGGUCAAGCUGGUUGCUUCAUAUUGUCUGAUGGAGUUGUUUACCAGAAUAACAGACCUGAGAAACAGAAAACACGAUGAAUUAAAAUGGAACAUGGGGCAUCUAAUUUCUGUAAUGGCUAUAUUAGAAGGAUUGGUUUUUUACAGUGACAUUAGAGUGGCUAUGAACUGUGCCCUCUGCUUAUCAAUGAUUCUGGGGUGGGAAAAGUUAUGGAUGCAGGACACAAAAGUAAUUGGAAGGUGUAACUGGUGCAGGCUAAUUGUUGAAGAGCUGGCUAUGUCUUUGGCAGUUCCUUCUUUGGCGUCAAAAUCAUUUAUGAAUCAUCACAAACCUGCGGUUCAUGUAGCUGUAGCAUUGCUGAAACUGCACAGCAUUCCUGGGUGGAUGAAGUCUGUGUUUGAUGAUUCCUGCAUUUCUGGUAUAAUUGAAAACCUUUCAGUCAGUAAUGUGAGCAUGGAGACAGUGCUUCUGUUUCGGGAAUUACUGAACCAUGAGUACCUGAAGGAUGAGCAAAUUGCCUGCCUAAAUCGGGUUUUCCAGGCAUGCAGAAAACAUAUUUAUAGUGGGAAUACACAAGAUGAGAGCAGAGAGGAGAAUAUAGAGAAGGUGAUUGCCCUGCCAGAUGAUUUGGGAAAAGCUUGUGAGUUUCUCAUUCACUUAAUGUCAUCCAAUUCAUCUGCACAUAAGGGGAGCAAGAGAUUGCUAGAAGAAAUAGAAAUGUUUUCCAAGAGUCUAACACUAGAGAAUGAUGGAUAAGUAUAUUUGUUAAAUCCUUAUUUUCUUUACUGAAUCAAUUGUGAACAUGUAUUGAUUUGUAACACUCACACAAGGCUCUGGAAAAAAAAAAAAAACACAUUUGUGCAUA